GUUGUCAUUAACGACUGCAACCUCAAGAAAUGUGGACGACUCCUUUUCUGCUAGUCCUGUGUUGCAGCCUCCUGGCAGAUUCUCACAAAUUUUCUCAGAUUCGCACAGAAUUUUCCAAACAGAUCGAUGCGGAAUAUAACAUCAGAGAAAGCAGAGCUUUGAGACACAAGCGUAUGAUUAAUGAAGAUCCUCCCGAGGGAGGGAAUCUAGGACCUCUAUUACCACCAGACCCAGUCCCUGCUGUAACGUCACCAAAACCAACACCAAACUCCAAAAGGAAGACCAAGAAAAACAACAGAAAAAAACAGGGACCAAAAAAGGCAAAGAAGACCAAAACAGGAAGACAAGGACAAGGGCCAAAAAAGUCAGAGAGAGGCACUAGAAAAAGCAAAGGGAAAGGUCAGAAGAAAAACAGGAAAGUGAAACAAGCCUAAACCAACAAUCUUAACAGUACAGCAUUUACAUUUACAACAGGUACUAAACGGAAUCUGCUUCUGUGGCAGGGAGAGUUUAUAAGCAGUCUCCUUUUAAAGUACGUAGAGUAAGAUAUACCUGUACAGUUAUUUAUGUACCUGACUUUUAGUAUUGGUAAUAUAUUUUAGUGAAAUCCACAUAACGUCACGCCUUCGUUAGGACUUAGAAGUUAUAAUUUACACACUUUUAAUAUUUUUUUAAUGUUCUACUCCGUGUAUAAUUUAAUAAUUAUGUAAUUUGUUACAAUCACGGUGUCUUAGAACAAGUCGCAUAAUUCUUUAGAUUUAUUAACUGUAUAUUAUGCAAAGUUAUUCAGUCUGGUUAAAUUAAGCUCUAUUAGUUUCUCCCUCUCUCUUUUGUUGCGGUGUUAACGACUGUUGUUAGGCUGUUGGUAAAAAUUUACUUAAAAUCUAAUGAGGUUUUCAUUUUAGAUUUUUAUUUCAUAUCUAUUUUUUCAGUUUACCAAGGAUACACAAUUUAGUAUAUUUAAAAUUUCAUGAUGUAAUAUAUACAUGAACGUAUUCAUAUUUCAAAAUGUUAAUGUAAAAUGCAUGAAAUGUGAAAACUAAAAACAAAUCAGCAUCGAUUAAUAAAACGUUAUGAAAUGCAAAUAAAUAUUUAAAAAACCGUC